CACACACAGUGUAUAGAGUAUACGGAACGGAAGUUCCUGAGCUUAGGAUAUCCCAAAGUUGAGCAUUCAGGUUUGGCAGUUAGGUGAGACACCCAACAACCUUGAAUUUCUCGCCGCUGUUCGUAUGCCUUCGGAGUGAGGAUUUGAAACCAAUGCUAAGUUGAAACCAGAUUUGGUAUUGUCUGCAUUGGUCAACCCAAGGUGAAGAAGCUCAAGAAUCAAGAUCCCCUCCAUAUCUGAGAAAGUUGACUUGUUGACCCAUUGUUCACUUUAUCCAUCUUGCAAGCCCAAAAUCCCCCAUUUCUGAGCUGGGAUUCUUGUAAUGCUGAACAAGAUUUGAUCUUGGUUUCCCACCACUGUUCUGGUGAAAUUUCAAGAUCCCCAUUUCUGAGAAAGUUGACUUUUUUUACACAUUUUUUCACAUUUUUCACCCAAUAAUCCCCAAUUUCUGAACUGGGUUUCCUCUGAUUCUUGCUAUUUUGCAUGGGGGAGGAAGAGAAGCUCCCCAUUCAAAGCAACCAAAUCCAGGAAAAUGAGCUCUCAGGUGGAGGGAAAAGGUGGUGGGGCCCAGUGUAUUGGCUCAGAAUGCUGGCCAAGGAAACGCACUGGAGCUUUGUGUUUGGGGUGGUGGUGGUGUAUGGGAUCAGCCAGGGAUUCGGCGGCGCGUUUGGGCGCGUGAGCACGGAGUAUUACAUGAAGGAUGUGCAGAAAGUGCAGCCCUCUGAGUCUCAGGUGUAUACAGGGAUUACUGCCAUUCCUUGGCUUGUUAAGCCGCUCUGGGGUCUCCUCACUGAUGUUGUUCCAAUUUUGGGGUAUCGCAGGAAGCCUUACUUCAUUUUUGCUGGUUCUCUCGGAAUUGUCGCUAUGCUGUUCUUAUCGUUGCACAAGAAGCUGCAUAUUGUGCUUGCACUGCUCUCCUUAACAGCUGGAAGUGCCGGGGUUGCAAUUGCUGAUGUCACAGUUGAUGCGUGUGUAGCACAGAAUAGCGGUGCUCAUCCUUCCCUUGCAGCCGAUAUGCAGAGCUUAUGUGCAUUGAGUGCCUCUAUUGGUGCCCUAGUCGGGUUCUCUUUAAGUGGUAUUGCUGUCCAUGUAAUCGGGCCUAAGGGGGUGUUUGGCUUGUUGGCUAUACCAUCAGGGCUUGUAUUUUUUGUUGGAAUUUUGCUCGAUGAACCCAAGACACACAAUUUUCGUUAUCAACAGGUAAGUCAGAAUUUUGUGGAUGCUGCAAAAGCUAUGUGGAGAACUUUGAAAUACCCUGUUGUUUGGCGGCCGUGUCUGUAUAUGUAUUUGUCCCUUGCAUUGAGUUUCGAUAUCUCUGAAGGAGCGUUUUACUGGAUGACAGAUGCAGAAGGAGGACCUCGUUUUUCGAAGGAGAGUAUUGGUUACAUAUCUGCUAUUGGAUCCGUUGGAUCUCUGUUGGGCGCUAUACUUUACCAGUAUGGAUUAAAAGACCACCCGUUUAGAGAACUGCUCUUCUGGACUCAGUUACUAUUUGGUCUCUCGGGAAUGCUGGAUUUGGUGUUCGUACUACGCCUAAACUUGAGAUUUGGCAUUCCGGAUUACUUUUUUGUGGUGAUAGAUGCCAGCAUUUCUCAAAUGAUAGGCCGGCUCAAGUGGAUGCCCCUUCUGGUACUAACCGCUAAGCUCUGCCCUCCCGGCAUCGAGGGCACAUUUUUCGCCUUGCUCAUGUCAAUCGACAAUACUGGACUUCUUACAUCAUCGUGGGGCGGAGGCUUCUUGCUCCACAUCCUAAACGUCACAAGGACGCAGUUUGGUAAACUCUGGCUAGCCGUCUUGAUAAGGAACAUACUAAGAGUCACUCCUCUUUGUAUGCUAUUCUUGGUCCCGAGAAGCGACCCCAACUCUUCCCUCCUCCCGAGCGAAGUUCUGGGCUCUAGCGAUGGUGCUCAUGAGGCUCCUGCAUUAUCACAGGACCAGAACGUCGAGCUUGUUUCCCUCGUGGAGAGCAUGGAUACCGCCAGAUAGGCCGAGGUAAAAAAAAAAAAAAAAACGCAAACCUUUGAGUAAAAAAAAGUUUGAUUCUUAUGCAGGAUGCUACUUGAACUUGACAAGAUACAUAGAUACUAUAGAACACAAACUCUUCUAGUCCCACACUGCUAUUCCUUGCAAAUUCAUUCAUUUUGCAUUUGAGUUUUUAAUGGUGUAAUUGAUUGGCAAGAGAGUUUGUUCCUGUUUUAUCUUUCAGUUCAUUUUUGUUACUGUAAACAAAUUAGUUUAUGCAGAGAGAGAGAGAGAGAGAGAGGCUACACGAUGAAAACCUAAGGUUAUUAUAAUACAUAAUACAUAUAUAGUCAAGUAUUUUCUCUGUUUCA